AUGCAAUUGCCGGUUCUCGGCUGCACUUUCCUCACGCUGUCAGAGCGUGAGGAAAGUACUACCGAGAACCGGCAGUUGUCAGAGCGGGGAUCGGCACUGAUGAUCAGUGCCCUGAUGAUCUGUGCCCACCAGUGCCACCCACCUGUGCCCACCAUCAGUGCCCAGCAGUGAUGCCAGUCAGUGCCACCUAUCAGUGCCGCCUAUCCGUGACACCUUAUUAGUGCUGCCUAUCGGUGCCACCUAUCCAUGCCACCUCAUUAGUGCUGCCUAACAGUGCCACCUAUUAGUGCCCA